GUCAGUGGCAGAGAGAGACCUGGCUAGCUCAGAAAGAGAAAUAUUGAAUAUUUGAAUAGGGUGGGUCUCUAUCACUAUCAGUUGCGGGUAGAGGUGGCAGUAGAGACAGAGAGAGCUUUGCUUCCUCUCCUUGAGCCAAUUUUGCGCCACCCUUUUUUCCCGCCUAUAAUCUUUCCCAGCAAUCUAGCUUAUGUCGACAAUGAGUGACAAGACAACGAGUGCUUAAGACAUUCUCAAGACGCUACUUAACUUUUGCUUCGUCAUUUUUUCCCCUUUUUUUUUUUUUAACUUCUAGGGUUUUGCAGCUUCUUAUUUAAACCAACUUGGCCUCUAUUCUUCCAUUCCUCAACUUUUUCGUCCGUCUUGGCCUGUCUUUCAUCAUUUCUAAGGAUCCAGUCCCGACAACUCGACACAGCAGUUUUUGGGGACUGGAGAACAAGUUGGUGUUCAACUCCCGAGGGCUGCAGUUCUCAUAUUCUUAUAUAUAUGUGUCACUGUGUUUACAUGUUCUGUCUUGCUGUUUGAAUUUGUUUCCUUGUCUCAUACUUUGGCGUAGUGAGGGUUUGAGAAGCACAUCAUAUAGCAAACAAGUGAAGUUAGCUUGCCUGAAAUAUAACCGAUCAGAUCUGUGUGGGAUUGCAAAGCUCGAGAUUUUGUUGCUUAUCUGACUGAAGAACAAGAAGCUAAGCUGGAUAAUAUGAACACUUUUUCACAUGUUCCUCCUGGUUUCCGAUUCCAUCCGACGGAUGAAGAACUUGUUGAUUACUACCUCAGGAAAAAGGUUAGUUCAAGAAGGAUUGACCUAGAUGUCAUCAAAGAUGUAGACCUCUAUAAAAUUGAGCCAUGGGACCUUCAAGAAUUAUGCAGAAUAGGGACAGAAGAGCAAAACGAAUGGUACUUUUUUAGCCAUAAAGAUAAGAAGUAUCCCACUGGAACUCGAACAAAUAGAGCCACCGCUGCAGGCUUCUGGAAAGCCACAGGUAGAGACAAGGCCAUUUAUUCAAAGCAUGACUUAAUUGGCAUGAGGAAGACCUUAGUAUUCUAUAAAGGGCGAGCCCCAAAUGGACAAAAGUCAGAUUGGAUUAUGCACGAAUACCGUCUUGAAACCGAUGAAAAUGGAACUCCACAGCAGGAAGAAGGCUGGGUUGUGUGUAGGGUUUUCAAGAAGAAAAUUGCAAGCAUGAGAAUUAAAAUGAAUGAACAUGAGUCACCAUGUUGGUAUGAUGACCAAGUCUCCUUCAUGCCGGACUUGGACUCACCAAACCAAAACUCAAACUCCAACAUUAAUAUGGCACCAUACCACCACCUUCCUUAUCCUUGCAAGAAAGAGCUGGAUCACUUGCCAGCUUUCCAGGUUCCCCAUGAGCACUUCUUCCAGCUCCCCCUUCUGGGGAGCCCAAAACUACUCCAAUCUUCAGCCACAGGUGUAAGCAGCUCCAACUCCAUGGCAGCUCAUGCAUACAGUAUUGACAUAAACCACGCUUGCACUUUUCAGCCGUCGGAUCAAGAGCAAAACUUUCAUGGAGCAGUCUAUGGUAAUAACAGUAAUGAUGAUCAUCCGCAAGCCGUAGAUCAACUGACCGAUUGGCGAAUGCUUGACAAGUUUGUAGCUUCACAGCUCAGCCAGGAUGAUGCUUCUAAUAAGGGAAAUAGCUACUCAUGAGAUUAUAUAUAUGCCCUAUUGAUAAUGUCUAUAUAUAUAAUGACAUUCAGAUACAAGUAAACGACAACCAGUAGUUGUCUAAUCGAAUCGAAGUAUGGAAGUGACACCUUGAAAUUAAUUAUUUUAGUAGUAUAUACUGAUCAUAGGUUUUAAGUCCAUAUAAAAAAGGGAAGGUGGAGGAGGUUGUUGAACUGAUCAGAAAUUCCCUGUACAUAAUAAAACGACAUCAUGAUUGUAACCUAAUUAAGCCCUCAACUUUCUUGUCUGUUCUAGUAUGUAGCAAGUUAAGUCCACCAACACUCUAGUCAGCUUCUUGUAAGAUGGAUUAACAGGUGGACUGUGGAGCUGAGUUUGCUGCAAGAAAUGAAGUUGAAAGCAUUGAUUAUUGCAUGCCAUGUAGGCUGCGAAUUAAAGAACUCGACCAGGUGGUGGAUAUCGAUUUGUAGAAAUGUUUGUAUGUCAGCUGAUUGAAAUA